GCAGUCGUGAAGGAAAUGGUGGACAUCGUGCUCGAUGCCUUACAUAAUCCUCAUAAGACACGACCAGAAGGCGAAUGCAUUCUCGGCAAAAUUGCACGACGGUUUUGGGCCCAUGCAGUCCAAUUCGCAAGCCUGCUUUGUCAACGUCACUUCCUCGAAAUCUUUGAUGAAUACCUUCAUUCAGUAGUUGUCGAGGCCAACGACCGUGCGCAAGGCCGUAGGCGCAGUCUCGGUGACUACCUCAAGCUCCGACGUAAAACUGGUGGCGUCAAACCUUGUUUCCCAAUAUUGAAGGCGGGGAUGGACCUUCCUGAUGAAGUAUUCUACCAUCCCGUCAUCGUGGAUCUUGCUGAAUGCAUCACAGACUUAGCUGUGAUCGACAAUGACAUGAUCUCAUACAACAAAGAGCAAGCGAUUGGGAACGGAGCCCAUAACAUUAUUAGUGCCAUCAUGUUUGACCUUGGCCUUGACGUGAGCGGUGCAAUGGCCUGGGCAGCGCACUAUCACACCGAAGUUCAGAAACGAUUCAUUAAUGGUCUUGCGAAAGUUCCUUCAUGGGGACCUUCCAUCGACGUCCUAGUCAAAGAGUAUCUUGAUGGGACAGUAAUGUGGGCUCGAGGACACCAUUCUUGGAGUUACGAAUCUCAGAGGUACCUUGCCACCAUGGGCCCGGAAAUACAGCAAACUAGGCUUGUCCCAUUGUUACCAAGGCCCAAUCACAAAGUCAUGUGAAUCCAUCAAAUCUGUUCAGAUACAAAGCUCUUUCCACAGAAUCUGGCGCUAGCUUUUCUUGUACCUCGCAAAUUUCGUUGUGAUAUGUUAUUACCAUGCUUCUCACUCGGUCUCUCAUAUAUGCCACUCUUGUCCUUCCAUUUCUUCGACUAGUGCUUUUCAUACAUGACUUUUGUAACCCCACUGGCAGGUUCCGCGGGCAUUGUGUAAUGCUCUAGAAAUCAUCGACAAUCUACCAGUAGACCCCUUUCCAUGAAAGCGGCCGAAGCCAGUAAACUCUUCCAGUUGAAGCUUUCACACAGCUCGAACUUUAUUUCGCAAGGCACAUUAUUUCAGCUCAAAUGCAUGAUAUAAUUACUGAUAGUAUUAUUGAUACCUGCCUCAUUCUAUAGUGUCUUCCCUCAUCGGAAACAUAGUCUGUGAAAAAAAUACAACUUACUCAUCG